GACUUUCAGAUUUGAGCCUGAGCUGCCAAGUGCUGUUGCUCAGUGAAGGAACAUUUGCUCUGGUUUGAAAACUGUUCAGAUUGAAUGUGGACAUUUGUGAGAGAGAAUAUGCUGUGAUGAGAGGACAUGCAGGAGAGCAUCACAUGCAGCAGAGCAUCACCACCACUUUGCUCAUGGAGAAGGACCCAGGGGGCGGCUGUCUCUGAGUUGGAAAAGGACUCGUGUGGCUAUAUACUGAUUCUGGGCCACAGGUUUUCUCAGUAGACGCUGGCAUGCAUUUGCAUAUACUGCAGUCUGGCAGCUUUUGAAAUUGACAGGAAGGAAGACCAAGUAAGACCCACAGCACAGGAAGAGGUGAGGAGCAAAACUGAAAGAAAGCUACUCAGCUGGAACUGCAAGAGCGAGGUGAGGGAGGAAGGGAGACUAGUUAUAGUGCAUGGUGGAGGGUGAACUUUUGCUUCUGCAUCACUUCAGUCUAAGAAGAUUCCUGCUUUCUGUACAGUCUUCUGAGUCCUCUGAAAAACUUUCUUGAGGCCCCUCAGGUGGGAGGAAGCUCCCUCAAGCCUCUUGCAUUUUCCUUUGUGAACUUGGACGUCUCGGCAAGGGAGUUCCAGCUGCCUAGAGCAAAUGGUCUCAAAAUCCCUGGGCUUGGCUUAAAAAGAACCUCAGAGCUGAUGGAAAAGCUUGGGUAUUGAGGUGGCUGUUGGACUUGAGGGAGGCUGCAGCAAACUGAGAAACAUGGAAAAAGGCUAACGGUCGCGGAGUGAGCCGUGAAUGGUGUGCCCUCACUGGGGCCCUGGUCUGAGAGGACAACGGGCAGAGUCAAUGGGAAGGCAGUGGGGUCUGUCUGCCAGUCGUCACACUGCUAUCGAAAAGAAGGCUUCUAAUGCCACCGGAACCCCCUGAUGGAAGGGGUUUGGAUCAACCGCUAUCGGAAGCAGCUGGUGAGGUCCAUCUCGUCGCAGUUCCUGGAAGACAUCAUCUGCUACAUGAGGAAGCUGGAUCUCCUCAGCGCUGAGGAGGCAGGCCAGGUGCAGGAGGUGAGCUCCCUGUCGGAGCAGGUGAAGGCGGUCAUGGAUCUUCUGGCUGGGAAGGGCAGCUAUGCCUCUCAGUCCCUGCAGACUUACAUAGAGACAACCAACUCCCAGCUCUAUCUCCACAUCACCGUCUAUGACCCUAUGGUGCAAAAGCAUUUGGAAAGUCUCCAGAACCGCUAUGGAACUGGUGUGGAACUUGGCCAGCUGGAGAGGCUCACUAAUCUUCUGCUGGUGGAAGGCUUGACAGAUAUUCAGCAGAAAGAGCACGACGUCAUGCAGAUUGAGGCCACCAAAGGCAUGAGAAAUGUUGCCAAGAAAAUCCCCCUGGAGAAGCUCUUCCUUCCUCUGUCUAAAGUCAGCAUUCCUCCUCGAAUCUCUGUGACCGUGGGCGUGGCUGGGAUCGGCAAAAGCACUUUGGUGAAACUGUUUGUCUGCAUGUGGGCCAAAGGGGAGGUCAAUAAGGACAUCAUAUUCGUGCUACCUCUCAGCUUCCGGGAACUGAACACUUAUGAGAAACUCUCUGCUGAGAGGCUCAUCCGGUCAGCAUUUCCUCACAUCACUGAACCCAGCUUUAUCUCCAAUGGUACAGCCCGGAUUUUACUGAUUCUGGAUGGCUUGGAUGAGUUUAAGACUCCUUUAGAUUUUUCCAACACAGUCGUUUGCACGGACCCCAAAAAGGAGAUUCAAGUGGAUAGUCUGAUCACCAAUAUUAUCCGUGGCAACCUGUUCCAGGAAGCUUCCAUUUGGGUCACUUCACGGCCCACAGCAGCCAGCCAAAUCCCAGGUGGCCUAGUUGACCGGAUGACAGAAAUACGCGGUUUUGGAGAAGUGGAGAUCAAGGACUUCUUCGAUCAGAUGUUCCUUGAGAACAAAGACUUAUCCAAUCAAGUCUUGGGUCAGAUCAAGGCUAACAGAUCUUUGUACACAAUGUGUACGGUUCCUGCCUUUUGCUGGAUAUCUGGCUCCUCAAUGGGCUAUUUCCUAAAGAACAGCACUGAUCAAUCCCAAGAAAUGACAACUGUUCCAAAGACUUUAUCAGAAAUCUACUCCUAUUACUUUAAAAUGGCACUGAGUAGUGACUGGCAGGAGAAACAGAAGGAGACUCCCAGAAUAGAACAAGCUAUAAACAACAGCAAGAAAAUUAUUGGUAACCUGGGUCGGCUGGCAUUUUAUGGUCUGCUCAAGAGAAAGUACGUAUUUUACGAACAAGACUUGAAAGCCUAUGGCAUAGACCUCUCAUCACUACAAGGCAGCUUGUGCAGUAGGAUGUUACUCAAGGAAGAGAUGCAGUUCUCCACUGUCUACUAUUUCUCCCAUUUAACCCUCCAGGAGUUUUUGGCAGCCACUUAUUACUAUGCUUCAGCAAAGCGAGCAAUAUUUGAUCUCUUUACUGAGAGCGGGAUGUCCUGGCCUAAGUUUGGUUUCCUCAAUCACUUUAAGAACGCUGUCCAGAGAUCACUGCAGUCAGAGGAUGGGCAGCUGGAUAUCUUUGUGCGCUUUCUCUCUGGCCUUCUCUCCCCACAGGUGAACAAAUUGCUGUCUGGUUGGCUCUUGGUGAAGGAUGAGCAUAACAGCUUCCGAAGCCACAUGAUCAGCUUUCUCCAGAGCUGCCUGAACACUGACUAUGUCAUCUCCUCCAGGACCGUGAACAUCAUGCAGUGCUUGUAUGAAGUGCAGCACAUGGAGCUGGCCAAGACAGUGGAGGAAGCUAUGAAAAACGAGAGCUUGGCUGGGAUGUUAACACCAGUGAAUUGCUCUGCCCUGGCUUAUCUCCUGCAGGUCUCUGAGGUGUGCAUGGAGGAGACAAACCUCUCCAACUGCCUCACCUACAAUAUCUGCAAAAGUCUGCUUUCCCAGCUCCUCUUCUGCAGUAAUCUCCGGCUGGACAACAACAAGUUUAAGGACAACGUGAUGGAGCUGUUGGGGAGCGUGCUGAGCGUGAAGGAUUGUCAGAUUCAAAAGAUGAGCUUGGCAGAAAACCAGAUCAGUAACAAAGGGGCCAAAGCCCUUGCCAGAUCUCUGAUGGUCAACAGGAGCCUGACGGUACUUGACCUUCGCAGUAACGCCAUCGGACCCACAGGGGCAAAAGCACUGGCUGAUGCACUGAAAAUAAACCAAGUCCUACUCUCCCUGAACCUCCAGAAUAACGUGAUCAAGGAAGAUGGUGCUAAAUUCCUGGCUGAGGCCCUUUUAACCAACCACAAGCUGACAACUUUGCACCUUCAGAAGAACUCCAUUGGGCCCCAAGGUGCAAAGAAAAUAGCAGAAGCACUGAAGCAGAACGGGAAUCUCAGGGAACUGAUCCUCUCCAGUAACUGUGUGGGGGACACUGGCUCUGUAGCCUUGGCCGAAGCUCUGAGAGUGAAUCACAGUCUCACAACCCUGGACCUCCAGAGUAAUUCGAUCAGUAACGCGGGGGUCACGGCACUGAUAGGAGCGCUGUGCUCCAACCGGGGCCUCAUCAGCCUCAACCUUCGGGAGAAUUCCAUUGGCCAAGAGGGGGCGCCGGAGAUAGCCAACGCUCUGCGCGCUAACCGCACGCUGAGGAACCUAGACCUAGCGGCGAAUCUGUUGUAUGAUGAAGGUGUCAAGGCUAUUGCACUGGCGAUGAGAGAGAACCAGACGCUCAUGUCCCUGCACCUGCAGUGGAACUUCAUCCAGUGGAAGGCAGCCAGGGCGCUGGCCCAAGCACUACACUCCAACCGGAGCCUGACCAGCCUCGAUUUGCAGGAGAACGCUAUUGGCGAUGAAGGCAUGAUCGCCCUUGCUGCUGCUCUGAAGGUGAACACCACUCUCACCACCCUCUGCCUCCAGGUGGCUUCGAUCGGGGUGAGCGGGGCCAAAGCCCUGGCGGAGGCCCUAGUUGUUAACAGAACCCUCACAACUCUGGACUUGAGAGGAAACUCCAUCGGUGUGUCUGGAGCCAAAGCUAUGGCCAACGCGCUGAAGGUCAACCGCAGUCUCCGCGUUCUGAACCUCCAGGAGAACUCCUUAGGCAUGGAUGGAGCUAUCUGCAUCGCCACAGCUCUGACCGGAAACCACGGCCUCACCUAUGUCAAUCUGCAGGGGAAUCGCAUCGGCCAGUCUGGCGCCAAGGUGAUUGCUGACGCCAUCAGAACAAACUCUCCGCGCUGCAUCGUCGAGAUGUGAGGGGCAGCUGCACCGGGAAUGGCCAGCGCGAGUCCGCGACGGGCAGGGGAUGGUGCAGAGACUCACUUUAAUGAUAGUGCCGGGUCAGCUCAGCUGGCGGGUUCCCCGCAGCAGAGCGCAGCAGCACAGGGAGCCGCUUUCCCAGCUUGACCCACAUGGCCAAUCGAGGCCUGCUGGGCCUGGAACGCCCCCGCGGACUCUGACUGGCUCAGAGCACUGCGUGGGGUGAUGGAGGUGCUUGCUCCAGCUAUGCUGAGGCCUAGGGGCACCAACGAAAGCUGCCGCCGGGGCGGCUCCUGCAGGUGCAGAAGGACGUGUCUCUCUUAGCGGCACGGGUGAAUGAGGGUGCCGUUGUUCCAACGGCCGCCGGGCCUAAGGAAUGAGCUUGCUGCAGCCGAGACCGUUAAAAGGCAGGCAGGACGGGUGCGGUGGGAACGUGGAUGGAAGAGGGCGGGAGGGACGCAGUGCCAGCAAUUUAGUUCCACCUCACUUAUCCCUGUAACCGAGAAACCCUCCUGCCCUGCUACUGCCGAGCUGGUCCUGGGAUCUCCAUGGCACAGUGGUGUUGGUGCGUCAACUGGCAGGACUUACCUCAGUGGUUUAGUAGGUGCAGGGCUUGCCAGGAGCCCUCCUUUCUACCCGUCAUGUGAGGCCAGAGUACUGUGCACAAAUACAAUGCCUUUAAAACUGUCCCUCCAGGACAGAAUGUCUCCACCUCACAGCCUGGUGUGUGUAGGGCCUGGUGCUGUGUGUACCUAGAUGUGUGAGCAUGAGGCACUCAAUGUACAGGUACACCCAGAGCUUCCACCACGGAGAGACCCCCGCAGAGCCAGAUGGUGGGAAUUAUUUAUACAGUUAUGACUGGACUGCAUGGAAACUUGCCAGGCAGCUGCUUCCCCCCGUCAUUAUUGCCCAGCCCUGCAGGCUGUAUGGCUAUUUAAUCCCAUUGGGGUUGUACAUGGCAGGGCCAUGCAAAUCUCUGCUCCCGAGGUUCACCACAUUUCCUGGAGUAAGCUCCAUGAUGGUCGGUGUGUCCUGCUUUAGUGGGUCUCUAACAGGAAACCUCUUGCUUCCAUCAGCUCAUGUGGAGCUUUUGCUUGUGAGUACCUCCAGGCCUGUAGAAUGAAUAAACCACCGUGCUCAUGCGGCAUCUAACAGCGAGCGACUUGGGGCUCGGCGGGAGACGGACCAUUCACCAUUCAGUGUCUAUGCCCCUGCAAAGCGAGAGGUUUAAUGGUCUAGCAUGAGCCCACAGAGGGGGCUGCAGCCGUCCAGCAAGCAAGUGGGAAAAGAGGAGAGGAGAAGAGCUGAAGGAGGGGAAGGUGACUGCAGGGUGGUUGGGAAAUGAAGUGCAUGGAAAGUGGAUGGUUCCUGCCCAGUUCAGUUUAUUUCCAGCAGGCGUCUGCUUCCGGGAGCUCCUAGUCACAAAGUUUUGCCACGUGAAACAAAAUCUUUAAUCCAAACUGACCCCAUGUUCUGUACCCUUCUGAAGGCGAUCUUGCUUGGCUGGUCUGCUGCUGACAUGCUGUGACCCUAGGCCAGCCAUGGCACCUCUGGGGCUCAGCUUCCCCCUCUGCAGAAUGGGCCCAGUGAGAACAACCCAGCGCGUGGCCAGCUGGCAGGGCUGAGCCUGUAAGGCCAGGCUCAAGGGGACAGAUUUAUAAAGGUAUUUAUUGAUUUCAGUGGCCGUUAGGUGCCUAAAUAUCACUGAGUGGCUGGGUCUAGGUAUCUGCCCAGGAUUCCUAGGCUCUUGUUUGUGCCCGUUGCUGUGGUGAAGCAAUGCAGUGAGCCCUCUGGAAGGGGCGAUGCCUGUAGCAGGGCUAAGAGCCAGGCUGCAGGGCCUUCCACCACAGCUGCCUGUGCUCUUGCUCCGACUAGGGCAUGAGCGGCACGCCUGCCAGCCAUGCAGCAGCGAGAUUCUAACAAGGAGCGUGACCGGUGGGAUGAGGUGCCGAGCUCUGGAAUAAACGGAUUCCUAACCGAA